ACGUGUGAUUCGUGGGAGGAACGAAGAGCCAAGAGGAAGAAAACAUUUUCGAUGAAUCUUUUUACCCAGUGCGUCAAGCACAGAACUGCAAACUAUCUGGCUUUGUGGAUCGGUUAACAACGACCGUGUCGUCCAAAUUGAGAGUACUUGUUAAUCGGAGAUCAAUACACAGAAAAUAUGACACGCGGAAAUCAACGUGAACUGGCACGUGCAAAAAAUAUGAAGAAAGAUAAAAAAAAGGCUGCUGCCGAACAGGAAAACAACAAAGGCUUGACCCUAGAACAACGAAAACAGCGAGACGCGGAUAGAAUGAGAGAAAAGCAGCUUAAAAAGCAGGAAGAUGCACGGGCGGGAAAGAAAGAAACGGCGACAUAAUUGCAUGCAAUUACUGAAAGACCUGACGAAGUAAUUACGGAAACAACUCGAACGAUUAUAAGUUAUUAUAAGAAACACUAUUGCGAUGUUUAUCAAGCGUGCACUAGCAAAAUUCAGCGGUUUCAACUUUAACACAUUUCAUAACCAUCAUCGUCUAAAAUAAAAGGGUAUACGUCAAGACUUAGCUAUCAUCUCUGUGAAUCCGAAUCUCUCACAUUGUUCAUGAAUCGCUACAUAGUUAAUGCAAAUGAAAUUGUUACCUGUAAUACAAUGAUCAGGAAAUCAUAAUCGAUUUUUAUCAUUAGUAUUACAAUCAUAAAUUAUUGAUAUUACCUUAAGUAGUCUAUUUGGAAUUGUAAAUUUAAUUCACAGUUACUAGGAGUAUUAUGUAAUCAAAUCGAUUUACACUAAGGCAAAUUACUGAAGUGGAUGUACUUUAGUUGGCAGAUUUGGUUUGUAAUAAAUAGUUCAAAUUUUAAUAUA